AUGGGCUCAAUCCAAGGCCAGCAUGGAGCUGAGACCUCAGUUCUGGCACCUUUGCCUAUCAACCCGGCCCUUUCAGCACCCUGGGACUUUCUUCGCCCUACGAAAAAGCUGCGUACUGGGGUACUAAAUACUGCGAAAAUCUUCCUGGAUUCCCUCGCUGGCUCGGUCUGCGAUUCACAAACUACUCGUCAGCGAAAUACUAGAAAACGAAAGCGGGCGGACGACGAGGCUUCCGUUUUGCGACUCAAACAAUUAUAUGUGGAUGGGUUUACGUCCGACCAAGUUUGGGAGCAAGCCCUACUUAUCUUCGAUUCCGCCGACCACGAAAUCCAGCGCGACUAUACCAUUUGGGCCAAUGACCGGCAGUCCAAUACUGAAUCAUUGUAUAGAGACGACGUUGACUCUGUUGAAGAUGGCUUCAGUGACGAGCUGGAGGAUGUUACGGAGGAUGGCAGCGACAAUGAUGAACAAAACGAGGAACAAGAUACUGGGGCUGAGAAUGUGUCGCAAAUUGACUUGGACGAGAGCGGUGUUGGAAUGCAUGGGUUGGAUGGUAGUUCAGUUGACGGUGGUGACAAUGACCGUGAUACAUAUGUCGAAGACCGCUUUGGGUUAAAUGAUGGGUUUUUCUCUAUUGACGACUUCAACAAACAAACCGAGCAAUUUGAGCGGCAGGAUGCAAGGGGUGAUGUGGACGACGAGAGCGAUGACGAUGAAAUCAACUGGCAUGCGGAUCCCCUCGGUGCAGGAGGUCUUGGUCUCUCUUCACAGAAGAAAGCCGACAAGGCUGAUGAUGACAGGAGCGAUAGCGAUGAGGAGGAGGAUGGGCCUACAUUCGACAACAUGGGAGCCGAGGAUGACUCUGAGAUGGACGAAGACGAUUCGCAUGCUGCGGCUCUGGGCGGCGCAGGUUUCUCUAAUACAAGUGAUAUCAUGUACGCCGACUUCUUCGCACCUCCGCCCCGCAAAGCACCGACCAAGAAGUCACGCCCCCUACCAAAAACACAGCCGCGCAUCACUGAUAACGAUAUCGAUCGCGCGAUGGCCGAUGUUCGCCGCGAUCUUUUCGACGAUGAGAUAUCAGCUGAGGAGAGUGGCGACGAGCCCAGUGAUAUUCAUACUCACAAAUCGACGCAUGAGAAGCAGCGCGCGCGCAUUGCUGACGAGAUUCGCCGUUUAGAAGCUGUCAAUGUGGCGAAGAAAGAGUGGAUGGUCUCUGGCGAAGCUAGAGCAGUAGAGAGACCCAUCAACUCGCUUAUCGAAGAGGACUUGGAUUUCGAGAGGAUUGGAAAGCCCGUACCUGUGGUAACCACGGAACUGUCCGAGAGCAUCGAGGAAUUAAUCAAGCGGCGAAUCAUUGCCAAGGAAUUUGAUGAGGUUAUACGUCGCCGGCCUGGGUUGUCAGAUCAACAAAAUACUCAAAAGAGCCGAAUCGAACUCGAAGACAGUAAAUCACAGCAGGGUCUUGCGGAAAUCUACGAAUCGGAUCAUAUCCGAGCAACAGACUCGAAUUACGCUGACCCGAAGAACCAAAAGCUUCUGAAGGAACAUACCGAAGUCGCCAAUCUGUGGAAAGAGAUAAGUUCUCAAUUGGACACCCUUUCCAACUGGCACUACAAACCAAAAGCGCCGCAGGCAAGCAUCAAUGUGGUCACGGACGUGGCUACAAUUACAAUGGAGGAUGCUCAGCCCACUGCCGGUGGUGCCGUACGCACAUCUGCGUCACUCGCCCCUCAGGAGAUAUACGCGCCAGGAGAGACCGCGAGGGCUCCCGGUGAGGUCGUGAUGAGGAACGGAGUGCCCUUCACGAAGGAGGAAAUGACUCGGGAAGAAAAGGCGAAGCUGCGACGGCGGCAAAAGAAGCUAGGCCACGUAUCUGGUGAUGCUUCAACACAACGUUCUGGAAAGGCAGUUGAAAAGCAGCAAAUCAUAUCUAAUCUGAAGAAGGCGGGGGUCAAGUUGAUUGGCAAGGAGGGUGACGUGACGGAUAUUACUGGGGGUAGAGUCGCUGGCAUGAGUGAUAGGACUGGCGCCCAUGCAGUGAAGUUAUAG